UAAAUGCAUGAUGAAGAGCUUUGUCUUGAUAACAACUUUGUUUCUCUGCCUUGGCUGGAUCUCUGUCUCAGGUUCUGAGUUUCAGACUGUGGAGGUCCAGGACGGGGACGAGGUCACACUGCAGUGUUCCAACAUUUCCGCCUAUCCAACGCAGACAGACUGGUUCAGAGUGGUCAAUAAAACUAAGCCCAGCUGUGUUUCUUCUAUGUAUGGAUCUGACAGCGAAGCGUCAUUCUGUCAUGGAUUUAGAAACAGAAAUUUUAAUAUGAGUUCCAACGUCUCUUUUGUCUUCCUUCAAAUCAAGCGAGUGGAUUUAUCUGAUGUUGGACUCUAUUUCUGUGGAUUGUACAUCAGUGGGCACACAGUCAUUUCUAAUGCAGUCGAGUUAAGAAUUCAAGGUACGGAUGAAACAAAUGAUGGAGUGGAAUUUAAUGAUCAAGUGAAUGGAGUGGAAAAGUCCAGCCUUGUGCCUGUGGUCUUUGCUACACUGGCUGCUUUCUUUGUGAUGGCUGUCGUUGGUUUGGCUGUUAAGAUUGUGCCGCUUUUUUCAGCAGUGGACAAAGAACAGCAUACUCCCAGGAACAAGAAUGUGGACUCUGUUGACCUGAACUCUGCAGCGUUGAGACUCCACCCACAAACACCAAGAAGCAGAAGGCCUGCAAAAGAGACACGAGUGGAAACUCAUGUUGUUUAUGCUGCCAGUGCAUAGAGCUGAUUCUCUGUGUUCAUGAUGAGAAAGCAUGCUUAGUGGUUAAGUUUUUUUUUUUUUUUAACCCUGUACUAAACAUUUAUGUGUCUUUUUUUUCUGCCUUAAUUUGUCUUCAUCUCAAUAAAAUGAGGGUACACAAAGUUACUCAUAGGGGGAGUCAGGCGGUCUUUGGGUGGAGGCAUGAGUGAGAUACUGAUCACUUCACAGGAAGAGACUUCACACUGUGGUCUGAGCACAGCUGAACUCACAAGGCCUCUACAGCUGGUGAAAUUUGACUUUCUGCUUUUUACUAGUUCGCAUCGGCCUUUGUGCAUGUAGACAGUUAAGGAGAAAGACUUUUCACUCAUCACAAAUAUCAAAUAACUGUUGAUUUCAACACCAAGAAUAAUGCUACAUUAAAAAGAACGCUGUUGUUUCAUUCUUGAUGUAAAUGAUAAAACAAUAAAUUCUGUGGCAACAUCAGUGUUUUUGCUAGAAUUAUUUUGUGUGGAUAUAUCCCUUCAUAGGUUUUUAGAUGUGUUCUCUAACUAGAUAUGUUGAAAUUGUUAUUUUUUUUGUAUACUGACAAAAGGGGCAAAUAAAGACACAGCCAGUGUUUAUAUGGGCAGCUUUCUUCCCUGACCAUGGUCUAUG